ACCCUAAAACCCUAAUUCCAAGCCCCGUUGCCUCUCUUUUUCACAAACACACUGAGAGCACUAGAGCUAGGGCUACAGCCAAAGCAAGCAAUAAUGGCCGGAGGUAAAAUGAAGAAGGAGAAGGCAAAAGGCGGUGGCGCGGGAGCACGCGCGCCUUACCAGGGAGGGAUAUCGUUCCACAAGUCGAAAGGGCAGCACAUCCUCAAGAACCCAUUGCUCGUCGAGUCCAUCGUCCAGAAAGCCGGGAUCAAGAGCACUGACGUGGUGCUCGAGAUCGGACCCGGUACCGGAAACCUCACCAAGAAGCUUCUCGAGGCCGGAAAGAUGGUCGUUGCCGUCGAAGUCGACCCUCGCAUGGUGCUCGAGCUGCAGCGGCGAUUCCAGGGCACCCCUUUCUCCAGUCGCCUCAAGGUUAUACAAGGAGAUGUGCUCAGGACUGAACUUCCAUAUUUUGAUAUUUGUGUGGCAAACAUACCUUAUCAAAUCUCCUCUCCUCUCACGUUCAAGUUAUUGAAUCACCAACCCGCAUUUAGAUGCGCGGUCAUAAUGUUCCAGAGGGAAUUCGCUAUGAGACUGGUUGCUCAGCCCGGUGACAAGCUAUACUGUCGUCUUACUGUGAACACCCAACUCCUGGCUCGAGUCUUUCACCUCAUUAAAGUUGGAAGAAACAAUUUCCGGCCUCCGCCUAAGGUUGAUUCCUCUGUUGUCAGAAUUGAGCCUCGGAAGCCGCGUAUUGAAGUGAAGCAAAAGGAGUGGGAUGGAUUUCUGAGAAUUUGUUUUAAUAGGAAGAACAAAACCCUUGGUUCGAUUUUUAGGCAGAAGUCUGUCAUCUCCUUGCUAGAGAAGAAUUACCAGACCUUGCAGGCGCUAAAUCUUUCACAAGGUUCAUUGGAAAGUAAGGAUGCUGAAAUAGACUUCUCGAGCCUAGGGGAUUCUAAUGAGGAUGAAACCAUGGAGAUGGAUGACGAUGGAGCGGAUGAUGAAAUGGAUGUGGAAGAUGGUGAUGCAGCAGGGGAACCAUCUGAGUUCAAAAAUAAGGUUUUGACUGUGUUGAAGGAGGGAGAUUUUGAAGAUAAGAGGUCAUCCAAGCUCACAUUACAGGAAUUCUUGUACCUGCUCUCUUUGUUCAACAAGGCUGGCAUACAUUUUUCUUGAUUCUAGGAAUCAUGCUUUUUCUAAUUUUUUUUGGUCCCACUUUUACAAAUACCCAAUUUUGUGAGCCCUGCUUUCUUGUCAAGUUAAGCCUUAUUCUUUUUGUUCUGUUCUGUAAUUUGCUUAAAAUUUUGGUUGGAUAGUAUAGCUUAUAGUGUUAAUUAAGAAUUAACUUUUUAGAUGCAUUUGGAUGUUCUACACAAAUUCUACCAGCUUUUGUUGCUCUCCUGUAAUUUGAUUGUUUCAUGCCAAUAAUAUCAAUAUGAUGUAUCCUUCCCUUUUCUAAUUUCCUA